UCUUACAUUAGUAGCAAGCAAGCAACAAAUGAACGAUUCCAUCACCGAGUCAAACUUGCCGUUAUUACCGAGUCUCAACGAGGUGGAGACAAUCAUCGGAUACAACUUCAAAAACAAAGAGUUACUAAAAGAAGCCUUUACUCACAACUCUUUUAAAGACAACGAAUCUCAAGUAUCUUACGAGCGGCUUGAGUACCUCGGAGACUCGGUUUUGAAUCUCAUGUUCGCCAAACAACAUUACUUUUCGUACCCAAAAAUGAACUCUGGUGAGUUGACUCGGUUGCGUGCAGCCAAUGUGGACACCGAAGCCUUGGCUCGUGUUGCAUUCAAACACGGGUUACAUAGGUUUCUUAGACAUGAAGAUCCUUCACUAAAUGAACGAGUACAAGAACUUAUGGAAGGAAUCAAAGAACACCCGUUGCACUCUCAUGGUUUGAUCAAUUCUCCUAAAAUACUCGCGGACAUUGUUGAAGCUGUCGUUGGUGCGGUCUAUGUUGAUACCGGGUUAUCAAUCGACGAUACAUGGGAGGUUGUGAAGAAUUUGUUGCAACCUUUGACGACACCGGAAAACCUUAGUUUGAACCCAAUGACGAAGUUAAAUGAAACAUGCCAAAAGAUGGGGAUAAAACUAGAAUACAAAAACUUGUGGAUUGAAACGGGAGAUAUAGAAAUAUAUAAAGACAAUGAAUUAAUUGGCAAAGGGAACUACAAGAAAAAGAAAACGACAGCGAAAAACAAAGCAGCGGCCGAUGCUUACGAGAAUCUUGUCAAGUUGUUCGGUAUUUGAGAUAUGAUCAUACGAAGUUAGACUAUGGUGAAGUGCCAUGGUCACUUAUUGUUCAUGCAGUCGGUUGUGUGUGUUGUGUACAUGUGUUUCCAUUGAAAAGAAAAAAAAUGCAUAUUGCAUUAAAAUCUAAUAUUGAGAAAGAGGGGGUAAAUAAUGAUAGAUAAAUAUUUUAUCUUAUAGGAGUUUAUGUUAUUGAAAAAAAGAAGUGAUGUGGUUUUCGUUCAA